AUGGUCCUGAAACAGAAUGUCGACAGCAAAUGCAGAAUAUGCCAUCAAUGUGAGGAACAUAUAAGCCACAUUAUUUCAGGCUGCUCAACACUGGCACCAACAGAAUACACCGAAAGGCACAACAACGUCGCUAAAUACAUACACUGGGCUAUCCUCAAGCAGCACCAAGUACCAGUUAGCAACAACUGGUAUGAUCAUUCUCCUGAAGCAGCAGUAGAGACAGACGAAGCAAAAUGUACGACAAAGGAGUCAUUACCGACCGUACGAUUUCCGCCAACCGACCUGAUAUUAUUUACCAAAAAACACAGAACACAUGGCGAAUUGAGGUAUCUGUACCAGACGACAACAACGUCAGCACCAAAGAAGCGGAAAAGGCCAGAAAAUACAAAGACCUCGAAAUCGAAAUAUCGCGCAUGUGGAAGACAAAGACAAGAACGGUACCCGGAUCAGCGGAGCUUUGGGGACUGCCACGAGGCAGUCAAGAACAACAUAAAAGAAACGCCCCGGAGAGGCGGGCAACACAAGGCAAAAGAGAGCACUGAGGAACAGCCCACAGGGGGCGGAAAACCCGGCCGACGAAAGACCGGAGAACGCAGGCAGAGGCCGGGCAAGCAGCCCGGCCGCGAGGAGGAAAGACAGAAGGAGAAGAAGAAGCAGAAGAAGAAGGAGAAGGAGAAGGAGAGAAGAGAAGAAGAAGAGGAGAAGAGGGAGAAGAGAACAAGAAGAACAGAAAAGAAGAAGGAGACGAAUAAUAAGAAGAGAAGAAGAAGGGGAGAAGGAGAAGGAGAAGGAGAAGAAGAUAGAACGAAGAAGAAGCAUAAGAAGAAGAAGAAAAGAAGAAGAGGAAGAAGAAGAAGACAAGAGUAA